UGCUUCACUCUCAGUUAAAGUUCUUUAAAGUUUAUUUCUCAACAGAGAAAUCAGAAAUGGGGAAAGUAAAUCACUCCUUGACAACAGAGUUCAUCCUCAUAGGAUUUACAGACCACCCAGACCUGAAGAUCCCUCUGUUCCUGGUGUUCUCUGCCAUCUAUCUGACCACCAUAGUGGGGAAUCUUGGGCUGGUGGCCUUGAUCUACAUGGAACAUUGUCUUCACACACCCAUGUACAUCUUUCUGGGCAAUCUGGCUCUGAUGGAUUCCUGCUGCUCCUGUGCCGUCACUCCCAAAAUGUUAGAGAACUUCUUUUCUCUGGACAGAAGGAUUUCCCUGUAUGAAUGCAUGGUGCAGUUUUACUUUCUCUGUCUUGCUGAAACUGCAGACUGCUUUCUUCUGGCAGCUAUGGCCUAUGACCGCUAUGUGGCCAUAUGCAGCCCACUGCAGUACCACACCAUGAUGUCCAAGAAGCUCUCCAUUCAGAUGAGUAUAGGCACCUUCAUAGCCAGUAACCUCCAUUCCAUGAUUCAUACAGGGUGUCUGCUAAGAUUAAAUUUCUGUAAAUCUAACAGAAUUGAUCACUUUUUUUGUGAUAUUCUUCCUCUGUACAGACUAUCCUGUACUGACCCUUAUAUCAAUGAAUUAAUGAUAUAUAUUUUUUCAAUGCCAAUUCAAAUCUUUACCAUUACCACUGUGUUGGUCUCUUACUUCUGCAUUCUCCUCACUAUUUUCAAGAUGAAAUCCAAGGAUGGGAGAGGGAAAGCAUUUUCCACCUGUGCGGCCCACUUCUUUUCUGUAUCAAUAUUCUACACUUGUCUUCUCACGUAUAUUGGACCAUCUGAAGAUGGGAAUAAAGAUAUACCAGUGGCUGUAUUUUAUACAAUAAUAAUUCCUCUGUUAAAUCCUUUAAUUUACAGCUUGAGAAAUAAGGAGGUAGUAAACACUAUUAAAAAAAUUAUGAAGGCGUAUAAGAUUGUUUAACAAUUUCAAACUCCAUAGCAAAUUAAUUUCACUUCAUUAAAAUGCUUUUGUAAAUAUUAUAUAGAGAAAUAUGAAAAUGUA